AUGGCGGGGGCCCCAGCGGGCGGCAGAGGCGGAGGUGCCUGGGGGCCAGGGCGAGGAGGGGCCGGGGGGCUCCGGCGGGGCUGUUCUCCCCCAGCUCCCGCCGGCUCCCCCCGGGCUGGGCUGCAGCCACUCAGGGCCACGGUCCCCUUCCAGCUGCAACAGCCGCACCAGCGCCGGGACGGGGGUGGCCGCGCAGCCAGCGUCCCGUGUUCGGUGGCCCCAGACAAGUCAGUGUGUAGGCCUCAGCCACCUCAGGUCCGACGUACAUUCUCUCUGGACACCAUCCUCAGCUCCUACCUUCUGGGCCAGUGGCCACGUGAUGCUGAUGGGGCCUUCACCUGCUGUACCAAUGACAAAGCCACCCAGACCCCCCUGUCUUGGCAAGAGCUGGAAGGCGAGCAAGCCAGCUCCUGUACUCACAAGCGCUCGGCAUCCUGGGGCAGCACAGACCACCGAAAAGAGAUCACCAAGUUGAAGCAACAGCUGCAGAGGACAAAACUGAGCCACAGUGGGAAAGAGAAGGAGCGGAGCUCCCCACUCCAAGGGGACCACGCUGUGCGGGGAGCUCUGAGGGCAUCCCCUCCCAGCUUCCCUUCAGGGUCCACUGCCCUGCGACUAAGCCCCUGUCUACACAGAAGCCUGGAAGGGCUCAACCAAGAGCUCGAAGAGGUGUUUGUGAAGGAGCAGGGUGAAGAGGAGUUGCUGAGGAUCCUCGAGGUCCCCGAUGGGCACCGUGCCCCCGCCCCUCCCCAGAGCAGCAGCUGUGAUCAUUCCCUCCAUCCCCUGGAGCCUGGCAACCUGGCCAGCUCUCCCUCCCUGGCCCUGGCAUCCCCCCAGCCACCUGGCCGGGCAAGCCGUGAGGAUCACCGGGGUGCCAUGGAAGAGCUGGCACCCAUCCCCAGCGACAAAGCCUCCUCUCCAGGCCACCCCGCCUUCCUGGAAGAGGGCAGCCCAUCUCCAGUCCUCACCUUUGCUGCCUCCCCUCGGCCGAAUCACAGCUAUGUCUUCAAACGGGAGCCCCCAGAAGGCUGUGAGAGAGUGCGGGUAUUUGAAGAGGCCUCGUCCCCAGGCCCUGACCUGACCUUCCUGACUUCCUGCCCUGACAAGAACAAAGUCCAUUUCAACCCAACCGGCUCAGCCUUCUGCCCUGUCAAUUUGAUGAAGCCUCUCUUCCCCAGCAUGGGCUUCAUCUUCCGUAAUUGCCCCUCAAGCCCGGGGUCUCCCCUUCCUCCGACCAGCCCCAGGCCACCUCCUCGGAAGGAUCCAGAGGCCUCCAAAGCCUCCUCGCUGCCAUUCGAGCCGUGGCAGCGCACCCCACCAUCAGAUGAGCCUGUGCUUUUCCAGAGCUCCCUGGUGGUCUGA